AUGACCGUGACUCGUCAUAGAACCGCUCUCUCCCCCACAAGCCGACGGCGCCCCUCCUUAGAUUCCCCGCCGCUCCUCCCUCUUCUCCUCACUCAUAUCCACCCGCCGCUCCCCUCCUGCUCGGUCACGCCCGCACCUAGCUCUUCCCUCCACCGGCGCCCCUCCCCCUCCCCUGCCUCCCUCCCUCCCCCGGCUCCCUGCCGCGCCUUCCCACCGCCACCUCCCCUCCCCUGCCGCAGCACGAGGGGCCGCGGAUCCACAGCGGUGGCGGAGCGUGCGGAUCCAGCGCGGCGUGGAGGAGCAGGUGGAUCGGAGGCGGCGGGGGGCGUGCGGAUCCACGGCGACGGCGCGGUGCCGCGGCACGCGGGCGGCGAGCGGGCGAGCCGACGGCGCCGCGGCAAACAGGCGAGGCCUCGAGCGAGCCGGCGGGGCAGAGGCGAGCAGGCGAGGCCCCGGCGCGCAGGCGUGCAGGCGAGCCGGCGGGGCCCCGGUGCGCAGGCGAGGCCUCGGCGAGCCGGCGGGGCCACGGCGAGCAGGCGAGGCCACGUCGCGCAGGCUCGGGGGCGUGCCGGCGGGGCCGCGGCGAGCAGGCAAGGCCACGGCGCGCAGGCGGGCAGGCCGUCACCGAGGCCGUCGGGAUCCCGGGCUCCACCCCGCGUCCAGAUCAGGAUCAGUUUGGAACUUACAUGGGAGAUGUUGAAUAUCACUCUUAUCUUUCUAAGGUGAAAAUGCAAUUAUCUCUGAGGGUGGUGAUUUGACGAUUCAAUCUGUGACGGAUAUCUAUCCUAUGUGGCAAUGAUUUGUGAUGUUUAUUUUCGUCACUAAUUUUGGACCUGGGUUGGGCCUAUGACCAUAUAUUUGAAAAUUUUGUGACGUUUUUUGGCUUGUCAUAGAAUGGAAAACGUUUUGUGA